GGGGCUGUGGUGGCUGGAGGCGGCGGCGGCGGCGGCGACGCGCCGGGCAGGACCGAGUCUCUGCCAUCCCGAGCAGGCCUGGGAUGGGGAGUGGCGUAAAAGAAGGCUCGGUGGCUCUGCGGGAGGAUGCUCAGGCCGUCCUGCCCUCGCCCGUCUCGGCAAAGAGUGACCACAGGCAAGUGCUCAGCUCCCUCCUGUCCGGGGCCCUGGCCGGCGCCCUCGCCAAGACGGCGGUAGCUCCCCUGGACCGCACCAAAAUCAUCUUCCAAGUGUCUUCUAAACGGUUUUCUGCCAAGGAGGCCUUCCGGCUCAUCUACUUCACCUACCUCAACGAGGGCUUCCUGAGCCUGUGGCGCGGGAACUCGGCCACCAUGGUGCGCGUGGUGCCCUACGCCGCCAUCCAGUUCAGCGCGCACGAGGAGUACAAGCGGGUCCUGGGCCGCUACUACGGCUUCCGUGGAGAAGCCCUGCCGCCUUGGCCUCGCCUCCUCGCUGGUGCCCUGGCCGGGACCACGGCCGCUUCCCUGACGUACCCCCUGGACCUGGUCAGAGCCCGCAUGGCCGUGACCCCGAAGGAGAUGUACAGCAACAUCUUCCACGUCUUCAUCCGCAUCUCCCGGGAAGAGGGGCUGAGGACCCUGUACCACGGCUUCACGCCCACCGUGCUGGGGGUCAUCCCCUACGCGGGGCUCAGCUUCUUCACCUACGAAACCCUCAAGAGCCUGCACCGAGAGUACAGCGGCCGCCGGCAGCCCUACCCCUUCGAGCGCAUGAUCUUCGGGGCCUGCGCCGGCCUCAUCGGGCAGUCGGCCUCGUACCCGCUCGACGUGGUGCGGCGGCGCAUGCAGACGGCGGGCGUCACGGGCCACCCUCGCGCCUCCAUCGUGGGCACGCUGCGCACCAUCGUGCGGGAGGAGGGCGCCGUGCGCGGCCUGUACAAGGGCCUGAGCAUGAACUGGCUCAAGGGCCCCAUCGCCGUGGGCAUUAGCUUCACCACCUUCGACCUCACGCAGAUCCUGCUGCGGCGCCUGCAGAGCUAGGGGCCCGCAGCGCGGGCGGGGAACCGAGCCCACGGAACAAGGGCGCGCGCGCGCAUGCGCGUGGCUCAGCCCCGGGAGCCUGGUCUGGGCCCUUGGUGGAAACGAACUGGCGGGCCUGGGCUCCGAGCCCACAGGGCCAGGCGCGAAACGGGGGCCUUCAAGUGCAAUGUGGGGUGGGGGUGGAGGGGGUCUCCGGGAGUGGGGGCCGCCUCUAGGGGGUGUGGCCUGAAAGGUUAGCCCCGUCCCGGGCACCCUGUUUGCUGGGGGGCCGUAUUGCUGCUGUGAGUGACCCCGGUCCCGCCCGCUGGCUCAGAGCCGGGCCCUCCUCCUCCCCCUCCCGACUGUGUGCGUGGCAGAACUCUGGCCGGGAUGGGACGAGCCUCGUGUUCAGCUUCAGCUCCCAACGCAGCCCCGCCCCGCCUGUCCUGCCUUCGCCAUUGCUGCCCAGGUGACAGCCGUCGGGGGUGGGCUGGGGGCGGAGCCGGUGCCUGCCCCUGCCCUGUUUGUAACGUUCCCCGGGAGGGUCUUGCUCCUUCCACGAUGCCCGCCCCACACAAUGGUGUCAGGGUCUGGUCUGGCUCCCAGCCUGGGGGGCAUCUGCCGCAAACAGCCCCCAGGUCCCAGCCCUCUGCCCAGCCGCGGCACCCGUGGGUCCCUACGCAGACCCAGCCAUUGAGGACGACAAUGGCUUGGAUUUCCAUGCGUGGAGCACACAGGCGGCUGGGACCCUGGCCCUCCGCACGUGGGAUAGGGAACACGGAGGAGUCGAGGGCCCUGGGGGCACCCCCAUCUCCUAACGUUUGGGGACUAUCUGGUGGCUGUGUUUCACCAGGCUCAGCGGCCGCCUGGUGGAAAGGGACCCGCACACGUGCGCCCCCUCCUUCUCCCGCCAUGGAGCCACUGGUGUGAAAACCCCUCGUGGGCCAUCCCCAAUCGCAGCCCCAGCUUCCCCGCGUGGGUCCUGUGGCUGAGCUGCUCGCGCCCCCUCUCGGCCUUGCCCGGCUCUGCAGGCGAGGAGGCGGGGCGCCCCUCCCGGAGCCUGGAGCGGGACCGAGUGAGGGCGGGGGGCGCAGGCACUGGGGACCCUCCUCUGGGCCCCAGGCCGCCGCCCCUGGGCGGGAGUUCUAUUUUGAUGCCAUGAAGAUACUUUGUUUAUAUAUAAUGUUUAUAUAUUUUAAAGAUUUGUGCCAAGAGUAUAUUUAAUAAAA